CACAUUCUCAGGCUGACUUGUCGCAUGCCAUGUCGUAUAAAAUAUCGUCAGCUCCGACAUGGCCACCUGAUUUCAGUGUUUAUAAAGGCAAGUAUUUGAAAGGGAAUUUAAAUUCAUGGGAAAUGACUGGUGGAAAAACACGCUUAUGCAAAGCAAGAACUUUCUGUAACUGAUCUUGUUCAUUCUUGGGACAGACAUGGAAGGCCCAGCGCUGGAUGCAGUGCUUUCUCAUGAAGCCAAUAAUCGGCGAGCGCCUGAAAGUUAUCAAAAGUUUUUUGCUAAACUGUUGAAUGAGGUGCGCCCGUUACGUGAACAGGCCGAAUCGUGGCAUAAAGCGCAACAGCAACUCGAAGCCGAACGAAACGCGUUUGCGAAAGAUAUUGAUGUGGCCCACCAGAACUAUGACGAGUUGAUGCUGCUAUGUAAUGACGAACAUGCCAAAUGUGUCGAGUUGGAGAGAAAACUGGAAGCAUUGGAACAGAAAUUGAGCGGUUCAGCAAUAUCAUCGCAGUCGUCAGUGUCGUCGCAAAUGUCGUCGUCAUCGUUAUCGUCACUCUCGUCGCAGCCGGAAGAUGCAAAAACACUAAGCAAAGCCCUGGCUCAGGAAAAAUUGAGGAGAAUGGAGGCUGAACAAAAGGUGGCUACACUUGACAAAGCAAGAGAGAGUGAUCAUCAGCAAAUGAUGCGCUUGGCGACGAGCCGAAAGACGAUUGAGGCGUCGCUGAUGGAGCAGUACAAAGAAAUGGAAAGUAUGCGGGCCAAGAUCCGCGACAUGGAAUUGCAAGCUCAUCAAGCGAGCAUGGCUCACCAAGCGUAUCUGCAAGCCAAGGAUCGACAAUACGCCAUUUUAUACAAUGAAACGGAACGACUGAAAGCCGCCUUGGGUCAAGUCACUUCAAGUGCUGGGCCUGUACACGUUUCCCAACCGACGACACCCACCAAUCCCUCGGCCAGCUUCCAUUUUUCCGCAUCGCGACCGUCAUCCUGAUAUCCAUUUAAUCCUCCGUGCACACAGAUAUCCUUGUUGUCAUUCUCCCAUCAUGGUUGGCGAUGCAUGUCUGGUGGCAAGUCCAUCGCUUAUCACGCUUAUUGUGUGAUUAACCUCUUCUCAAAACAGCUAAGCGACUCACCAUUCCUCAUGACAGGCUGUUUCACGCUUGAUAAUCCAUUAUUUCUUAUUACCAUUCUUCGUAUGUUUUAUUUUUUCAAUUCAUCCCUUUUUCGUCAUUUCCGGUUCUCUUACUCUCCACUUUUUCAUUUUUCUCUUCAUACCAUUUCCGCAAUUUUGCUUUUGUUCAUAGUCUUUGUUCUUAAUCCUCUAAAACCUUGCGUCCAUUUUCGGUUCAUAAACGCAAAAGGGCAGCCCUUGUUGUUAUUUCCUCCCUAGAUUUAUUCACUUGUCGUGAUUGCAUUCGUCACAAA